GCCGGACGCCCGCCCGCUGCUCGGUGCGCGUCCUCCGCUCCAUGGCGCUGCUCGUGCGGCUGCUGGCCGUCGCCCUGGCGCUGGCUCUGGGUCCCGCCGCAACCCUGGCGGGCCCGGCCAAGUCGCCCUACCAGCUGGGACUGCAGCACAGCCGGCUCCGGGGCCGCCAGCACGGCCCCAAUGUGUGUGCUGUGCAGAAGCUCAUCGGCACAAACAAGAAGUACUUCACCAACUGCAAGCAGUGGUACCAGAGGAAAAUCUGUGGCAAAUCAACAGUCAUCAGCUACGAGUGCUGUCCUGGCUACGAAAAGGUCCCCGGAGAGAAGGGCUGUCCAGCAGCCCUGCCACUCUCAAACCUCUACGAGACCCUGGGAGUCGUUGGAGCGACCACUACUCAGCUGUACACGGACCGCACAGAGAAGCUGAGGCCUGAGAUGGAGGGACCUGGCAGCUUCACCAUCUUUGCUCCUAGCAACGAGGCCUGGGCUUCCUUGCCAGCUGUGAGAUGACCUCUGUGUACCCAGGGACUGGACUCUUACCAGGGAUAGUCUUCCUUCCCCGAGGGGAAGUACUGGAUUCCCUGGUCAGCAAUGUCAACAUUGAGCUGCUCAACGCCCUUCGCUACCACAUGGUGAACAGGCGGGUCCUGACAGAUGAGCUAAAACAUGGCAUGGCCCUCACUUCUAUGUACCAGAAUUCCGGCAUCCAGAUCCACCACUAUCCCAAUGGGAUUGUAACCGUUAACUGUGCCAGGCUGCUGAAAGCCGACCAUCAUGCAACCAAUGGAGUGGUACAUCUCAUUGAUAAGGUCAUCUCUACCAUUACCAACAACAUCCAGCAGAUCAUUGAGAUCGAGGACACCUUCGAGACCCUUCGAGCUGCCGUGGCUGCAUCGGGACUCAACACCUUGCUUGAGGGAGAUGGCCAGUUCACACUUUUGGCCCCAACUAACGAGGCCUUUGAGAAGAUCCCUGCUGAGACCUUGAACCGAAUCCUAGGUGACCCAGAGGCCCUGAGAGACUUGCUGAACAACCACAUUCUGAAGUCGGCCAUGUGUGCUGAAGCCAUUGUCGCAGGGCUGUCUGUGGAGACCCUGGAGGGCACAACACUGGAGGUAGGCUGCAGUGGGGACAUGCUUACCAUCAAUGGAAAGGCCAUCAUCUCCAAUAAAGACAUUCUGGCCACCAAUGGUGUAAUCCACUUCAUCGAUGAACUGCUUAUCCCAGACUCAGCCAAGACGCUAUUUGAGUUGGCUGCAGAGUCUGACGUAUCCACAGUCAUUGACCUUUUUAGGCAAGCUGGCCUUGGCACUCAUCUCUCCGGAAGUGAGCGGGUGACCCUCCUGGCUCCCCUGAAUUCUAUAUUCAAAGAUGGAACCCCUCCAAUUGAUGCCUACACAAAGAACUUGCUUCUGAAUCACAUAAUUAAAGAUCAGCUGGCCUCCAAGUAUCUGUAUCACGGACAGACCCUAGAAACUCUGGGCGGCAAAAAACUGCGAGUUUUUGUGUAUCGUAAUAGCCUCUGCAUUGAGAACAGCUGCAUCGCUGCGCACGACAAGAGGGGGAGGUAUGGGACCCUGUUCACUAUGGACCGGGUGCUGACCCCCCCAAUGGGGACUGUCAUGGAUGUCCUGAAGGGGGACAAUCGCUUUAGCAUGCUGGUAGCUGCCAUCCAGUCUGCAGGCCUGACGGAGACCCUCAACCGGGAAGGGGCCUACACAGUCUUUGCUCCCACAAAUGAGGCCUUCCAAGCCCUGCCACCAGGAGAACUGAACAAACUCUUGGGAAAUGCCAAAGAACUUGCCAACAUCCUGAAAUAUCACGUUGGUGAUGAAAUCCUGGUUAGCGGAGGCAUCGGGGCCCUGGUGCGUCUGAAGUCUCUCCAAGGCGACAAACUAGAAGUCAGCUUGAAAAACAAUGUGGUGAGUGUCAAUAAGGAGCCUGUGGUGGAGUCUGACAUCAUGGCCACGAACGGAGUGGUCUAUGCCAUCACCAGUGUUCUGCAGCCUCCAGUCAACAGACCUCAGGAACGUGGGGACGAACUUGCAGACUCUGCGCUUGAGAUCUUCAAACAGGCAUCAGCGUUUUCCAGGGCUUCCCAGAGGUCUGUGCGACUAGCCCCUGUCUACCAGAGGUUAUUAGAAAGGAUGAAGCAUUAGCAUGAAGGACCACAGGAGGAAUGCCACAGCAGCUCCACACCAGUAUCUCUCAGUUUUCCAAAGAGACUGUUUGAAUGUUUUUGCAACCAAAUAUCACACUUCAAUGUACAUGGUCCACACCACAAUGAGAUUUGAGCCUUGGGCAGGUGGGAGGAAGAGGGAGAGAGACAUACUUUUUAUAUUUUUUUCCCCUAAGUGUGGAGAAACUUGGAUGUCACUGUCUGACAUCCACUUCCUGAAAGGACCUAUUCCAAAUGUGGGAUUUCCUACCUUUGCCAAGUGCCUGGAAAAGGGAGCUGCAGUACUGUGGGGCUCACAAAACAUGAAUCAAGCAAUCCAGCAUCAUGGGAAGUCUUGGCACAGUUUUUGUAAAGCUCUUGCACAGCUGGAGAAUGCCGUCAUUAUAAGCUAUGAGUUGAACUGUUGUAUCAAAUGUCUCGCAUCUGCCUGUGGUUUGGAUGCUUCUAUGGGGCCCUGUCCAGGUAGAAAAGAAAUGGCAUGUAGAGCAUGUAGAGCCCAAAUAUCCCAAGUGUGACAGCGCCAUGGUGUGUUUGUAAUAAUAAAACCAAAGAAA